AUGGCGCCCAGAGUCUCUUCCAGAGCCGCUGCUCCGAAGGCCACUGCGCCUAAAGCUGCUGCGGCACCGGCACCAAAGAAGACGGCCGCUACUCCCGCGCCGUUUGAGCAUCCAGCCGCCAGCCAUGCAAAGAAAAAGCGGCCAAGCGCAUAUGGCAUGAAGCCCAUAUCCGCCUUUUACCUCUUUUUCGGCGCCAACUUGAUCGCGGCCUUGUUUGCGCCAAUCCAGGAUUGCGACGAGACGUUCAACUACUGGGAACCCACCCAUUAUCUCUCACAUGGCUAUGGCCUGCAGACAUGGGAGUAUUCCCCGGACUACGCCAUCCGAAGCUGGCUCUACAUUGCGCUUCAUGCCAUUGUGGGAAACAUUCGCAGGAUACUGCCCCAAUCGAGCAAGGUUGCUGAGUUCUACUUCAUUCGCUAUGGUCUGGCGCUCCUUUGCGCCAUCUGCCAAACCAUCAUGUUUCAAAGCAUCAGUCUAGCCCUCAAUGCUAGGAUUGGUGUCCUCUUCGUCAUCGCCACCAUCGUCAGCCCCGGAAACUUUCAUGCGAGUGCCUCCUUCUUGCCUUCUAGCUUCGCCAUGUAUAUGGCCAUGCUUGGCGCUGCGUCGUUUAUGAACUGGCGGGGCGGUCUCAAGACCUGGCAAGGUAUGGCCUGGUUCGCCGUGGCCGGCAUCCUUGGUUGGCCAUUUGCCGCCGCCCUUUGUGCUCCGUACCUCCUCGAGGAGUUCAUCCUGGUGCUGUUUAGCGAUAGGAGCUCUCUUAUCGAAGCUCUGAUACGAUUUGUCCGUGGUGUCAUCGCUGCUUUCUUGGUCUUGGGCUUCGAUUUUACCAUCAAUCUUUUCUUUUACAAGAAAUCGGUAGUCGUUGCAUGGAACAUUGUAAAAUACAACAUCUUCUCCAAGACAGGCGGACCGGACCUUUACGGCACCGAACCCUGGACAUUCUACUUCAAAAAUCUGGCACUGAACUUCAACAUCUGGUUCAUCCUUGCCCUUCUGGUGCUGCCAUUGUUCAUCCUACAGAAAACAUUCUCCUCGACUUCGCAAAGUCUGGCCAGCGGAUUACGCACCAUUGUCUUCAUCGCCCCCUUUUACAUGUGGCUGGGUAUCUUCACUGCGCAGCCACACAAGGAAGAGAGAUUCAUAUACCCGGCGUACCCUUUCCUUGCUCUCAAUGCCGCGAUAUCGGUACACAUUAUCCUCUACGCUCUCGGAACCUCAGAUGCCAAGACGUUUGUCGGAAAGAUUCCAGGCCGCCUCAAGCUGCUCGUUGUCGGUCUCACGUUUCUUCUGUCUGUCAGUGUUUCCCUUGCGCGCAUUUACGGCAUUUACUCUGCCUACUCGGCCCCCCUCAAAAUUUACUCGCCUCUCUGGGGAGAUGGGUCAGGAAACACCUUUGGGGCAGAAGAAGACAAUGUCUGCUUCGGGAAGGAGUGGUAUCGCUUCCCAACAUCCUACUUCCUCCCUCGCAAUAUGCAUGCCAAGUUCCUACGCUCCGAGUUCCGUGGCUUGCUGCCCGGCGAGUUUUCGGAAGCCGGGACUGGCUUUGGCUUCUGGAGCGGCACUUGGCUGCCCACAAAGGGUCUCAACGACCGCAACGAGGAAGAUCUUGGCAAGUAUGUCGAGCCUCGAAUGUGCUCCUUCUUGGUGGACACGCAGUACCCCGAACGCAAGUCGUCGCUAUCUGCCAAGGAGCCGGAUUACAUUGCCGACCAGAACCACUGGGAAGUUGUCAAAUGCGUCCCCUUUCUUGAUGCCGCCAACACCCACAUCUUGGCGCGAACCCUGUGGGUUCCCGAUAUCGAUGCCAUUCCCGAGCAAUACAGGCGCAAGUGGGGACGGCACUGUCUGCUCCAGCGCAAGAGAAGGGCUCAAGACGCUGGCAUGUGGGUAGCGCCUGGCCAGAUGAUGAUGGGUUAA